GAAGACAGCGAUCGAGCCUGGGAGCAAGACCGUGAUGAGCACCAGUGAUGACAAAUCUUCGGUUCAUUGGAGAUAUCACAAGUACAUGUCUGCAGAGCUUCUCAGCCUACCAGACAUUGCAGAGACUUGGGAUGGAAUCUUGCAAAAGAGAGAUCUGCUGAAGAUUACUUUGCCUGAUGUUAAAUCUGUUGGCAAGACACCUGGCAAGAUCUUUGCCCAUGCUGAAGCGAUGGUCGAGAUAGUUCUGCAGUCUGUUGGUUGUGCAGUUUUCAAAGUGGGCUUUACCCAUGAUCCUGUUCGGCGGGUGGAAGGCUACUGCGACGAAGGAUAUCAUCGGUUUAAAGAGUUUGGCCUGGCACUGGAUGUUCCGAUCUCCUAUGUCAACGUGGGGGACAGCAACUGUGACCUGCCAAUGAUUAGACCCAGCGAUUUGUUUCAACACCUUGCGGACCUGGGCAAAUUGGACCUCCUUUUCGGCCAACAGCCAGCAAGUGUUUUACCUGAAUUCUGGAGUCGUUUUCAGGAGGUGGAGCCAAACAAUACUGUUCAUGCUGCCUUCGCUGCUGGUACAAUGCACCCCGAUCGAACAAUACCAAUGGUCAUUCAUGGGGAUGAAGGCCGUGGAAGGAAAAGACUUCCAGUCAUGGUAGUCAACACCCAUGGCCUGAUCGGUGCAGGAUGCAAGGCCUUCCAUGAGUUUCACAAAGAUGCACCCAGAAUGCAGGAACAGGCUAUGCCUGUAAACAUCAAGGGCCACUCGAUGGAGACACGCUUUCUAUCAUUUGUACUGUCAAAGAAAUCAUAUGGCACCGACUGCUCAUACUUGAUGCGGAUGUUCGAAGCACUGGUCGAGGAUCUAUGCAAGCUUUCAACAACCGGGAUCCAGAUCAAGUCGAAGUCUGGUGUCGAGACGUGGCAUUGUGCAUUUAUUGGAAGUGUUGGAGAUCUACAGUUUUUUGCGAAGGUCGCAAGCCUCACUCGGUCCUAUACCCACGUGAGCAAGCGCAGUGGACAGCAAGCAAAAAAUGGGCUCUGCCACCUUUGCCUUGCUGGCAAACCUGGCUGGGACUAUGAAGACUUCAGUGACAAUCCUGCUUGGUUGCGGUCUGUUGGGAUUGAGCCCCCCUGGGAGAGCCCUCCGGAUUUGAUCUUUCGAUUAUUCCACGAUCCUGGAAAUGCUGGGGGGUUCCUGAAGCCAGACCUCUGGCACUGCCUGCACUUAGGGUGUGGAAAGGUGUUUCUCGCCUCUGCUCUGGUGGAAUGGCUCCCUUUUCUGCCAGGCCUCCUGCCUUCAAAGCCAUGGAUUCUGGCUUACCUGCAGCGACAUGGUCAGAAACUAUACUGUCGGCAUGUGAGCGAGCUGAGCGUUGGUUUCGACUCUUACCAGAAAUGCCCUCAAGGAGCUUGGCAAAAAGCAAGCGAUACAACAUUGCUUCUGGAGAUUUUCGAAGACUUCUGUGAGAAGCAUGCUUCAAUGGCCUCCGAGGAUGCCAUUUUGGGUUGGACGUAUACUGCGGUAGCCAACCUGAAUGCCUGUAUCCGUUUGCUAUACAAGAGUGGGCUGUGGAUGACACAGCAUCAGGCGCUGGAUGCUUCAUCUACAGGCAUGAACUUUUUGAAGUGCUACGGCCACCUGGUUCAUUUGACUUUCCAAGCGAACCGCGAUCGGUUUCCAAUCACUCCGAAGGUUCAUUACAUCCAUCACUUGUUCAUCGACCUGAAGUCCCAAGCUCGGGCUUCCGCCUGGACAUUGAACUGUAUCGCCUUCACGGUACAGAUGGAUGAAGACUUCGUGGGGGUGCAUGCAAGAGCUUCAAGACGUGCAGGUGCCCAGUAUGUCUCGCUGCGGUGUUUGCAGCGUUAUUUGCUCUAUGCAGGCGAGCGAAUCACUCCCGAGUAUCGCCGAACCUCUUGA